UGUUAAGAAUUUGGCAGAUAGAUUUUAUCUUCAAAAUAAACACACGGUAAACCUAGAAACUAAGUAGAUAACUUUUCAAGACACAUUUAACUUCUUUCAUCCUGUGAUGGCGGGUUUAAGCAUAUUUCUGGGAUUCGUAUUUGUUGUUAAUGUAUGUGCUGUACAUUCCGAGGGACACCGAAGGGAAACGAUAUGCUAUGGUAGGUUAGGCUGUUUUAGUAUUCGACCACCCUUCAAUAACACCAAUGAUCUGCCCAUGGAUCCUUCAUUUAUAACCACCAGAUUCUACCUUCUCACCGACUAUUCUGACCACACACCGAUAACCAUAUCAGAAGAUGACCUGAACAGCUCGGAAGGGACCCCCUUUCAGCCAAAUCUAAACACAGUUUUCAUCAUCCAUGGAUUUCUGCAGAACGGCAGAGUUGAAUGGAUGUUACACAUGGCGCUAGAGUUGCUGAGGCGGAAAUCUCAGAAUGUUAUACUAGUUGACUGGGGCAACGGAUCAGGUUUUCCCUAUGGACAAGCAACAGCUAACACACGUGUGGUUGGAGCAGAAAUUGCAGCGCUUAUUACGUCGCUAAAUAAUAAACUGGGUACUACUAACGCCAACUAUCAUCUGAUCGGACAUAGCUUAGGUGCGCACGUCGCCGGAUAUGCUGGAUAUAGACUUCCGGGCUUAAGUCGUAUUACAGGUCUGGAUGCUGCUCAGCCAAAUUUCCAGAAUUUUGAUCUUCAGGUUCGCUUGGAUCAAAGCGAUGCUGUAUUUGUGGACGCUAUACAUACAGAUGGUUCUGAUUACAAUACAUUGUCAGGAUAUGGUAUGAUGCUUCCCGUGGGACACAUGGAUUUUUACCCUAAUGGUGGAAGCAAUCAGCCAGGUUGUCCAAGACAAAGCCUCAUGAAUAUCAUAUCAGAGGAAUACGAGGACGGCACGUACGAAACGGGCAAUAUAAUCAGCUGUAGCCACAGUCGCUCCAUCUUUCUGUUUACGGAAUCCAUCAACGACCCCUGCCCAUUUACUUCCUUUCAGUGUUCCCGAACACGUGACUUUUUGGCAGGAAACUGCUUUGACUGUGGAGGUUUGCCCUGUCCCAGGAUUGGAUAUGAUGCAAACAAGUAUAGAGCCAGAGGAAAAUUUUAUCUGGCUACACGAUCAAGAGCUCCAUAUUGUGGACACCAGUACUUGGUCCGACUGGAACUUGGGACCUUUCGACCAACAUAUGGGACAUUGAAACUAAAAUUUCUGACUUCAAGUGGCUUAUCGGAUAAAGUUAUCUUUAAUGGGUUGAACCGACCUUUUGCAUCUGGGCAGACUUACAGCGCCAUGCUUGUGGAGCUUCACGAAUUAGGAGGCAUUCUACAAGCUCAACUGGAAUUUCAUGAACAGAGUUCCUUCUUCUCCUGGGGUUCUGACAGAGGGAUUGUCAUACAGAAAAUCACUGUCACCACGGCUGAUACAGACAAGUCAGUCUACUUUUGUGGCAACCAUUUAAGAAUGAUGUCAGAUGUUCCGGCUGGACUUCACAGACCGCAGUACACACCGGACUGUUAGGGGCGUUAUAGAACGAUCAACUCAACUGUAUUGUCUGGAAUGAAUAAUACUUUAAUGCAAUGUUAAUUUGUAUAGAAAUAAUAAUUAAUGUCGUAACAGUAUAUGUUGAAAUGAUAAUAUCUUUACGCCCUUCCUGGAUUUUUUAUCAUUAUGAAAUUGUUAUUAAACUAAAUCCUACCAUUUGUUAUUCUUUUGUAAAGAUACUUAUUUUCUAGUUAUUUAGUUUGAUUAAAUAAAAUUGUGUUUAAACAAAA